AUGCCUCGCCUGUUCUUGUUUCAUCUGCUAGGAGUCUGUUUACUACUGAACCAAUUUUCCAGAGCAGUCGCGGCCAAAUGGAUGGACGACGUUAUUAAAGCAUGCGGCCGCGAAUUAGUUCGCGCCCAGAUUGCCAUUUGCGGCAAGAGCACCUUGGGCAAAAGGUCUCUGAACCAGGAAGAUGCUCCUCUGAAACCUAGACCAGCGGCAGAAAUUGUGCCAUCCCUCAUCAACCAAGAUACAGAAACCAUAAAUAUGAUGUCAGAAUUUGUUGCUAAUUUGCCACAGGAGCUGAAGUUAACCCUGUCUGAGAGGCAGCCAGCAUUAUCAGAGCUACAACAACAUGUACCUGUAUUAAAAGAUUCCAAUCUUAGCUUUGAAGAAUUUAAGAAAAUUAUUCGCAAGAGACAAAGUGAAGCCACAGACAGCAGUCCUUCAGAAUUAAAAUCCUUAGGCUUGGAUACUCAUUCUCGAAGAAAGAGACAACUCUACAUGACAUUGUCUAAUAAAUGUUGCCAUAUUGGUUGUACCAAAAAAUCUCUUGCUAAAUUUUGCUGA